AUGCCCUACGAAUUCAAGACGAAAGGAGGGGGGAUCUACUCUGCUUCCUGUCGGAGACCUCCUCGAGCAAACAUUGACCCACUCAAAGAUUCUUGCUUUCAGUCUUUGCUUCUGAGGAUGUCGAAAUGCAUUGCCCACUCAAUUCGCAAGGAGAGCGAUGAGAUUCUUGUUUGGUACUUUGAAAAUAGCACGUUCUUGGCUCCAGAACAAGCAUCCAAAUUGCACACCUUUCUUUGUAAUGCAAAGGAUGUUGAAAUGAGUUACGUUUCCAUGGACCGUCGGACCCUCAUUAUCAAGACGAGCCAUGGUGAAGAGCUCACGGUGAUGCUUGCCUGCAAACACUCUAGAUUCUACAUUGAGCCUCCUCCUGAAAGAGCAGGAAUGCAUGAUGUUCUCAUGGAGAUGGCAUCCCUUCCAUCCUUCUGUCAGAAUGAGCAAGCGGAUGAACAAGUGCAAGCAGCUGAAGACGGCCCCUCUGUUAUUGAUCUAUUAUCCCCUUGCAGCGCAGCAGGCUCAGAGUUUACUUUAGAAUCAAUGGAGUGA